ACCGCGAAGUGAAUUUUAAAUUUAUGUCGGAAAGUCUCGUGCUUGGACAGUUGGCAUAUAUUGUGCAUGUGUUUUGUUCAACAUUCUUGAGAAAAUUUUUGCCAUUUCUUCGCUACGUUGCAGUGAAAUUUAGCUAGCAAUACAGCGUAAAAGUCAAACUGGUGUUAUUCUUUUAAUAACAACGCUUUAAAAUGGAGUCAAUGGACGAGCAAGCCAAUGUAAAUAACUCCGCAGAAUGUUCUGGAGAUUAUCGUGACUCUGACGAGCUUGCAAGUCUUAAGAAGCAGGUCAGAGAUCAAGGAGACGAAAUCCUUGUUCUUAAAUCAUCUUUGGCUGAUGCUUUGAGAAGACUGCAAGUAUUGGAGGAACGGAAGCCAGCGAGUGCUUCUGGAAAACCUAAAAGGCCCAAUUCAACAUCAGCUCUUGGAGACCAUACCCCAUUCAAGUAUGCUAGUCAAAGUAAGAAGUCUGGGAAAUCACCAACAAAUAGCUUUGCAUCAACACCAAGACCUCCAUCAUCGAAGCACAGCGCUUCUGAUUCUGCAAGCAGGAAGGGGUCAUCUAUCAGGAGAAAAACUAGCAAUAGUGGCUUAUCAAAAGAAGAACAAGCUGAACGAGAUGCAGUUGCUAUGAAAUUCCAGCUGCGUGGUAGGACAUUGAAUUUUUAUCCGCCAAGUAAUUUUGAUGAAUCGUCUCAUUCUGGAGAUGCUCCUGAUGUGAAGUUACUAUUGGAAUGGGUGCAUGGUUACCGUGGAAAAGACUGUCGCAACAAUCUCUAUUGCUUGCCAUCCAGUGAGAUUGUGUAUAACACAGCUGCUGUUGUAGUAAUAUACAACCCAACAACCAAGACCCAGCGACACUAUACUGAACACACUGAUGAUGUCAAAUGCCUCGCUCUGCAUCCAAACAAAGAGAUUAUUGCAAGUGGUCAAGUUGCAGGACAUGCAAAGAAGGAAGGCAAGCCGCAUAUUCGGAUCUGGAACAUCACCUCCCUGCAAACACUCAAAGUAGUUGGUUUGGGAUCAUUUCAAAGGGGAUUAUCUUGUGUGGCAUUUUCAGUUGAAGAUGGUGGUGCUCAUGUGGUUGGUGUGGAUGAUGGAAAUGAUCACAAUUUAUCCAUCUGGGAAUGGGAAAACAAGAAAAAAGUAACUGAAGCUAAAGGAGGUAAUGAGCCAGUCUUGGCUGUGGAUUUCUACCCGGGUGAUUCAAAGCGUCUGGUCACGUGUGGCAAGUCCCACAUCGCAUUCUGGAAACUGAACGAUGAAAAAAAACUCGAAAAGAAAAUGGGCGUUUUUGAGAAACACGCUAAACCAAAGUAUGUGUUGUGUUUUGCAUUUGGACAAAAUGGGCAGGUGAUUUCUGGUGAUUCAAAUGGCAAUAUCUUCAUUUGGGCAAACGAGGGCAACCAAAUCACACAAGAAAUAACAGCUGCUCACGAGGGGCCAAUCUUCUCUAUCGAAUCAUUUGAGGAUGGAGCGUUUCUCUCCGGUGGAGGCAAGGAUAGGAAAGUCUUCCUGUGGGACAGCAAUUACAACAAGUCUGAGAAACAGUUAGAGAUUCCAGAGGAAAGUGGUACAGUAAGAUCUGCUAUCUUGGGUCCCAAUGAUGACGAAGAACGAUCCGUCGUGGUUGGAACAACGAAAAACUGCAUCCUUCAAGGAAAAUUUAUAGAAGAAAGCAAUCAAUUUCAGUGCUUGACAAAGGGUCAUUCUGAGGAAACGUGGGGUCUGUGCGUCCAUCCUUCUAAGCCAAUAUUUGUGACAUGUGGUUAUGAUAAGAUGUUGUAUGUUUGGAACAGCGAGGAUAAGUCUUUGGUCUGGUCUCAGCCGCUGGAGGGUGCUCUUCAGUCAGUAUGUUUUCAUCCCAAUGGUAAUUUCCUGGCAGUCGCAUCUCAGAACAAUAAGUUCCACAUUCUUGACGCUGAUACUGGAGAGGAAUUCUACACCUGUGAGAUUGGUUCAGAACAACAUGACUGCAUAAAGUAUUCUCCUGAUGGAUGUUAUCUAGCGGUUGGCUCUCACGACAACUUUAUCUAUUUGUUUACUGUGAGCGAGGAUGGCAAGCAGUAUAAAAAACAUGGACGACUGUCCGGUCAUUCUAGUUACAUAACGCAUCUUGACUGGUCCAAGGACAGCCAACAUUUGCAAAGCAAUUCUGGAGACUACGAGAUCUUAUACUGGCAGGCAAAAGAUUGCAAACAAGUUUCAUCAGGAUUUUCAAUGAGAGAUACCGAGUGGGAUUCUUGGUCUUGUGUGCUGGGGUUCCCUGUGCGAGGAAUGUGGCCAGAGGGCGCUGAUGGAACUGAUAUCAAUACGUGCAUUAGAUCACAUAGUUCUCAGUACCUCGUCAGCGGUGAUGAUUCAGGCUGUUUGAAUAUGUUUACGUAUCCUUGCUCGAAGCCAAAGUCCACGCCAAAUGUUGCCCACGGUCAUAGUUCCCAUGUUACCGCCGUACGUUUCCUAGCAACGGAUUCUUAUGUCGUCAGCACCGGAGGCAAGGAUAAUACCGUCAUGCAAUGGAGGCUCGAAAGAUAAGUAUUCUACCUCAUUCCUGUUAGCAAAUAUUGAUGAAAUGGUCGUAUCUCGUAGACAAAUGCUUUGAAUAUAUUAGCUCAGCCCUGGGAAAGGGGAUAAAUAGUUU